AUGAGCUUUGGAUUCUCUGUUGGCGAUUUCGUUGCAGUAGCGGAGUUGGUGGAGAGCACACGCAAACGUUUUAUCGGAGCGCCAGCGGAAUAUAACGCAUUGGCUAAUGAGACGCGCACACUCCAAAUAGUCGUCACCGACAUUAAGAUACAGGUUGAAGAUGACGAGCUUGCGGACUCGAUCAAAGACGACUUGCGAAGUGCAAACAACAACUGCGAGUCCGUCUUGAAGGACCUGAAUGCGGUCAUCGACGCUCAUACUGAACUUGCUCCAGUAGCUGCGGGUUCUCGAAAGAAGCCACAGCAGAUAUGGAAACGUUUCCGGUGGGAUCCCAAGAAGGCGGACCAGCUCCGCUCUCGACUCGUUUCAUCCAUUCAACUGCUGGAUGCAGUGCGCCAAAGUCUGUACAGUACACAACAACGCGACAUAGCUCAAGAUUUGAAGAAGCUAACUGUAACCAACGACAACGAUGAAUUGCGACGUAUUGCGGACUGGCUUGCGCCUGCCACCUAUUCUGAACAUCAGCAUGACUAUUUCACCAGGGUCCAACCGGGGACAGGACAAUGGGUGCUCGCCGACCCCUUAUUCUGCAAUUGGCUCAACAGUAAAGGUCCCUCUACGUUGCUACUUCCAGGCAUUCCAGGAGCUGGCAAGACUUUCGUUGCGUCAAUCAUCAUCAAUGAGUUGCAAGCACACGUGUCCCGGGAUGACACUACAGGACUUGUGUUCUUCUACAACAGCUUCAGAAGAACUGCCGCCCAGUCUUGCCGCCACAUCCUCUCCAGCAUGGUGCGGCAACUAUAUCUGCAGCAACCACACAAGGACGAUACUGUCAGGAGCCUCUAUGAGGAACACACCAAGCGCCAGCCAGCCACGGUUCCCAGCCUGGAAGAACUAAGUGCGACACUGGAAAAGCUGUUGUCGGGUUUUUCUGUCGUUGUUUUUGUCAUUGAUGCCUUGGACGAGUGCAAGGGACCGGAGGAAUCGAAUGACAGGCCAUGGCGAUAUAUUCCCACUUUCCUGUUUCGGUUGCAGGAAAAGCUGAAAUCCCAGGUGGCUAUCAAGGUUCUUGCAACUUCACGACCCGAUCUGGAAAUCGAUGGGAUCUUCCCCAAGGAUGGACGAUUAACAAUCCACGCUAGAAACGACGACCUUGGCAAGUUCUGUGAUUCGCUGCUACCAAAUAUCAGGUGCGUUGCACAGAAAACCCACCUACACCCGAAGAUCAAAGAAGCCAUCUGUGAGAGCGCCGGGGGCAUGUUUUUGUUGGCAAAACUACACUGUGACACCCUUGCGGCAAAAACAAAACCUAAGGAUGUGCUGCAAGCCCUCGAGACCUUCGGCCGAGGUGGUGACGCUCUGGAUCGAGCCUACCAGGAUACCUUUCAACGGAUACAGCGCCAACCCAAAGAGCAAAACGAACUCGCCAAAAAGGUCUUGGUUUGCGUCACGUAUAGCGCUGAGCCACUCACACUAGACGCAGUGAGACAUGCACUUGCUGUCGAUCAAGAGACCAAAGAACUGGAUCCAGAGUACGACUUAGACAAUCCUGAUGAUGUAGUAUCAAGUUGUGCCGGCCUGGUGACCAUAGACUCCGAAAGCAAGAUCGUUCGUUUGGUCCACUAUACCACACAAAGCUUUUUGGAAUCGCUCGGCAAUCAGCUUAUGUCGGAUCCCCAUGACUUCCUUGCCAGUUGCUGUUUAAAUCAUCUGCACCUGGACUUGUUUGCGGAAGUCAGCAUCGGACAGGAUCAUAGGUAUAAAGACUUUCCGUUCUUCGGAUAUAGCGCACGAUACUGGAAUUGGCACAUUUCGGCUGGCAGCGGCAGUAUAUCUUUGAAGGAGAGAGCGUUCUCUUUCCUCGACGAUAAUGCACGUAUCACGAAUGCGCUGCAUUUCCUCAAUGAUAAUGCAAGUAUCACAAAUACGCUGCAUUUCCUCGACCUAUCAUGGGAAAACCCAGUACACGACAGCUGUGCCCUCCACUUCCUCGCCCGCAGUGGUCUGAAUGACUGGAUCACCGACUAUAUUGAUCGCGGCCGUCCCACGGAUGGGGAGGAGAAUGACAAAGUGUCGUACCUAGUAUCUAAAGAAUCAGCAACAGAAUACAAUCAUCCCUUGACGGAAAAUGCGACACCUUGGAUAAUGCUCUUGACAAGCUGGCGCGAUUCCAAGAAGCGUACGCCGUUGUGGUACGCAAUUCGGUGGAAACAUGCAUCGACGGCGAAGCUUUUGAUUGAUCUGAAUAACGAGAUACUUAAUGACGUGGAUGAUCUUGGCUGGACCCCAUUGAUGCUUGCGCUACAAUACGAGUCCGAGGCUGCCGCCCUCAGAAUCCUCCAAGAGCCCGGAAUGAUAUCGUGGUAUCAGUAUCGAGAUUGGAUAGGCCAUACCUAUCUACACGGGGCGGCCCAAAACGGGCUUGAAGCUGUAGUUGAUCGACUAUUGGAACUGGUGUCUGCUUUCGACACGAGCGAGGCCCGCAGCGUUGGCAUCUCUUAUACCACUUCGCAAGACAGAUACCGCUGCACGCCACUUUUGAACGCGGCUGGAGGCGGACACCUCGGAACUGUCAAGAAGUUGUUGGCUUAUAGCGGUGGACGUGAGCUUAAUUUUUCGGACGAGGACGGACGCACGCCUCUUCAUAGCGCAGCAGGUGACGGUCAUUUGGAGGUGGUUCAGUAUCUGAUGAGCCAAGAUGGCAUUCAGCCAGGCUGUCGUGAUUUUGAUGGAUGGUCCGCCCUGCAUUUUGCCGCAAGUGGUGGCAGGGUGCCUGUGCUCGAAUAUCUGCUCGGCACUGGCUUCUUCUCAGCUGAUUCUACGGAUUUCAGGGGCGAAACUGCACUCUUACUUGCUGCGUGGAAAAACAACAUAGAGGCCGUGUCAUAUUUGACAUCUCGAGGCGACGUUGACGUGAAUUGGACAGACGAGGACGGGAUCAAUGCUCUUAUGUUGGCUGCUGACGGGGUGUACGUAGAUGUCAUCGCUCACCUUGCUCCUUUGGUAAGUGAUGUCAAUACGACUAAUAAGCACGGGACUACAGCUUUGCACCAGCUUUGCGGAGGCAGCCCUUGGAGAUACGAAGAAUCUGGCAGAAACUUCCAAGCAGGCUUUGACUCCUUGGUCAGAAACGGCGCCUCGUUGGAUAUCAAGACCAAUGAAUGUCUGACUCCAUAUGAAGUACUCUGCGGUCGGCUUAGGGAUCCCUGCCUGGAGAAGGGUGAUCUUGAAAUUUUACAAAGAGCGAAGUCAAUCAUGGAGCAAUAUAUCUCAGCCACGACGGGGGAUUGA